GUGAAAGUGGCUUAAUCUUGCCCUUCACUCACCUUGUCCUCCACUCAAAGCCAAAAGGGAAAAGCAAAGCUGUUAGAGGCACCUAUGCCUUCUUUCCACGCAACACCAAUCGCUGCUGCCAUCACCAUCUUCAUCCUCAUCAUCGCUGAGUCAACGGCGAGGGAGCUACGCCCCUCCGAUCACGGCUUGGAGUACCAGAGCCUGCCGCCGACGGGGCUCAACUCCCCGGACGCUAUGUCCUUCUUCGGAACAACAUCCAACUCUUCCUCGUCUCCGUCCACGGUGGCGUUCCCCAAGGCCUUGAAUUCCUCCGACGACAGCUCGUGGUUGGGCGGCGGCAAUCAGCGGGGGAGUGAUCACGUGAGACAGGUAUUGCUGUUUGGGAGCUUGGCUUGUGGGGUCACGGGUCUGGCAUUGUUAACUGUUUCUGCUUUGGUUUAUUUGAUUAAAAUCAGAUCCACUCAUAAUACCAACAACAAUACUAAUAAUAGUUUAGUCCCCAUUAGGAUUAGCAAGUGAUUUUUGUAUGGUUUUUGAUGUUCAUAAGGAUCAUUCGAAGAGGAUUAGAUUUGAUGGUCAAACAAGAGAUAUGCU